CCGCCGCCGCCGCCGCCGGUCCUGCUCGGCCGCCAUGAGCUACAGCGCGGAGCCGGCGGCGCUGGCCGCCUCCUACCGCCACCUCUUCGCGGAGGCCCCGCGGCGGCCCGAGGGGGCGGCGGGCCGGCGGGCGCGCCCGGGCGCGGAGCCGCGCCCGGGGCGGGAGCGCAGCGCCGAGCCGCGGCGGGCGCGGGCCAGCGAGAAGGAGCAGCUGCAGGGCCUCAACGAGCGCUUCGCCGGCUACAUCGAGCGGGUGCGGGCGCUGGAGGAGCGGAACCGGGCGCUGGCGGCCGAGCUGGCGGCGCUGCGGCAGCGCUCGGCCGAGCCGCGCCGGCUGGGCCAGCUGCUGGGCGGGGAGCUGCGCGCCCUGCGCGCCCGCCUGGAGGAGGCGCACGGGGAGCGGGCGCAGGCGGCGCUGGAGCGGGCGCGCCUGGCCGAGGAGACGCAGCGGCUGCGGGCGCGCUGCGAGGAGGAGGCGCGGGGCCGCGCCGAGGCGGAGCAGGCCCUGCGCUCCCGGCAGCAGGCGGCCGAGGGGGCCGCCCGCGCCCGCGCCGACCUGGAGCGGCGGGCGGCGGCGCUGCGGGAGGAGCUGGCGGCGCUGCGCAGCGCCCACGCCGAGCAGCUGGCCCAGCUGGGCGCCGCGCUCCGCGCCGCCGCGCCCGCGGCCCCGGCCCCCGGCCCGGCGGGGCGGCCCGACCUGGCGGCGGCGCUGCGGGAGCUGCGCGCCCAGUACGAGGCGCUGGCGGCCCGCAACCUGCAGGCGGCCGAGGACUGGUACCGCGCCCGCUGCGCCCGCCUCCACGAGCGGGCGGCCCGCAGCCAGGAGGCCGUCCGGGCCAGCCGCCGGGAGGCCGGCGAGUGCCGCCGCCAGCUGCAGGCCCGCCUCGCCGAGAUGGAGAGCCUGCGCGGCGCCCACCAGUCCCUGGAGAGGCAGCUGCAGGAGCUGGAGGAGCGGCACAGCGCCGAGGCCGCCGGCCUGCAGGACACCAUCGGGCAACUGGAGGACGACCUGCGAAACACCAAAACCGAGAUGGCUCGGCACUUGAGGGAGUACCAAGACCUGCUUAAUGUGAAGAUGGCCCUUGAUAUCGAGAUAGCUGCCUACAGGAAGCUGCUGGAGGGAGAGGAGAACCUCUUCAGCAUGGGAAGUGUCGGCGUUUCAGCGCUCAAUCCCCUCCCCAACCCUACUUACUCAUUCCAGCCAAGAGGCUUUAGUUCCUCUACUCUGUCCUUCAAGGAGGAGGACCAAGGAGAGGUUAUUAAAGUGACCUCUAAAAUAUCAUGCAGCAGGGCUGAGAUGAUUGAGGGGACCAUAACCUCUGCCAAGAAAAGAGGGAGAUUAAACCUGCAUGAAGGAAUUGUUGCGAAUGCAAAAAUGUAACUGUCAGGACCCCCUCCAUUUUGCAUUUGGGAGGGAACAGUCUCCACUCGGCCUUUAAAUUGCCCCUCCAGGCACAAAGCCACGCUGGGCUCGCAGGAAGCCCCCCUUAGAAACACGUAACUCCCCGGGAACACUGACCCGGGGCCGGCUUCCUCGCGGGUCCCGCCAUGCGGAGGCCGAGCUUGGCACAUUGCUCCCUUUUAAAUGGGGAAGAGGCACGGGCAGGUAGCUAGAUGCAUGUUGGUCAUUGUUGUGGUGGCACAGUGGACUCGUAGCACCCACCAUCCCUCCCUCCCUCCCUCCCUCCUCCUGUGGUGGGCAAGGGGGAGCUGGCUGGGCCAGCUGCACAGCUGGCUCUCCAGGGAGGGGGGACAAGGGAAACAACGUGUUUACUAUAACUAGUUUCAAGGCUACACACCUUCAUCUACUAUCCAAAUCCACAUAUAGCUAAACUCUUCCCCGCUCCUCAAGCCGUAGCCAUCCACUUUUAAUCCCAGAAGCACAGAAAUAGCCAUACUGGACUGUAACCACACCUGACAUCCGGUCUAUGAGCCACUUACGUUUUAAAAUAUAAGGAACGUUCUUUUUUUUUUUUUUUUUUUUUGUCCUGACAACUCUGUCUGGUUUUCAGAAGUGUUAGGCCAGCCAGGCACGCGGGGUUUGCUAGCAGCAGGCGCAGGGCAAGGAACCAGUGCAUCGGAGGUGAAGGCACCACCACACCGCCAGGCACGGUGCCUUCUCUGGUGUCGCUGGCUCCGAAAUGUCAGGGUCUGCAGGGCCUCUUGUUUGGCUGCACAGUUGUCACAUGAAAACCCCACGCUCACAUUAGCAUCGUGCCCCAGCCAGCGCUGGGAAGCUGCAGGACUCCCAAACACCAGCCUGCAAAGCAUCCUUGUCUCUGCUCUAACUGUUCCAACGUGUGCCAAAUUUGAUAUAGGAUUUACAACCAUAGGUUUCCUUCAAUGCCUUAAAAUUGCCAGCGAUCGCUUUUGCAAGAGCCGGAGACUCUGUGUGUGUGUGUGUUGCGUGUCAGUGCCCUGGCAAGGUUAUCAUCACAAGACCUUACUGCCCUCGCGGUGGUGCCAGAGUAGUUCCUGGAACCAGCAAAUCGUUUGCUUGCACUCUUUCCUCUUCUAUUGUAAGGCACAAGUUAAUAAUUAAAAAGAAAGAAGUAGUUAUGUGGAUCAAAA